GAGAAGGAGCCAGAGAGCAGAGCUGGACCAAAGCCCACUGAUUGGUUAAUGUCUGCGGGUUACCUGCUUUAAAUCCCACCGUCCUCUCUUCUUCCACCUUCAGCGUCUCUGUUUCCUUUAGUUGGAUCUUUGUUUUUACUCUUCACGGAACAGCUUUGACCCAAGAGACUUCGUUUACUGGAAGCUACAGAAACAAUGGCUCCCAAGAAGCGAAAGGCAGAGGAAAACCAGCCAACAAUACCUGGCUUUUUCAUGAAGAAACAUGGUGAUCCUGGCAGCUCCUGCAGCACACCAAGGAAAAAGCCUGAAGUUCCAGAGAAUAAGAUGAAUUUGGGAAAAGCGAAGAAAGAAAUUGUGGAAGACGUUGGAACUUCAGAGGUUGACCAUCUACAUCACUUCAAAGUCAAAUUUGAUUCAGAUGGCCAAAAAUACACAGUUGACUGUAACCAACCACGCACUGUGCUUGAGAUCAUAAAAUCACAUCUAAGCCAACAAUUUAAAGAGAAAAUGAAGAGAUCAGAAGAAAACAUCAUCAUUAAGUUGGGUGAAGGAAAUGAUUCCCACAUUGUUCCAACACAUUUUCCUUGUUCUUGUGUUGAGGAAGAAGAGUGUCUGAUAGUAACCACUUCAGCUAAAGUUGUGGAGCAAAAGAAAGCAGAGCGCAGAGUCCUGCCAAGAGAAAACUAUUCUGUUUUCUUUAUAGAUAAAGAAGGAGGGAAAUACACCAAAACCAAAACGGAUAUGAUAUUUAGAUGCAACAAUAUUGUUGAGCAAUUUAGAUAUUUCUGUGUUUAUGGGAGAAAAGGGACGAAAGUGGUUGAAACUCUAAGGCUGGAUGGUCGCUUUGUUGCAGGUCUCACAGACUUCAAUUUGUCUGAUAAUAAGACUGGAGUUCUUACUAACUGUACAGAAAUAGUUGACAACCUAGAUGGAAGGAAAUUCCACAUAUGUCUUCCAAAGGAAGGCAAAACAAAAGCAAAGGAUCCAAAACAACAGGCAAUUCAAGAACAAGAUGCGACUCAACAGACCAGCGACGAGGAGCAGCAGGAAAAAGCAUCUGCAUCAAUUAAUUCACAAAGCAAGAGUAAAACAACAACAGUUCUAGAGUAUGCAGGAAAGGAAGGCGUCAGUUUAAAGACGGCAAUGGAAAAAUCAGAUUGUCAAAUUGACCAUAAGGAGGUCUAUGACCUUCUGCGGCAGCAGUUUCCAAAGCUGAAAGAAUUGAUGGAGGAAAGGUUUGCUGGUCGUUCCUUUAAUAAAGCCCUAAAACUGAAGAAAGAGAACUUUGGAAAGAUCCAACAGACUUUUAGUAAAGUCUACACAAUGAGGCAGUUGUUUAACCUCAGCGAGUCCAUUUGUCUCUUGGAAAUAAAGGAAACUUCUUCAGAUUUUAAAGUUCAAGGCACAGGGUUUGUGCUGUCUGGCAACCUUGUUCUAACCAAUGCCCACUUAUUCAAAGAUUUUAAGAAAGGCAUGGGAAAAAACUGGUUGAAAUAUCUCAAUAUUUCCGCAACGUUCAACUAUGAAAAUCCAGACGGUAAAUCAAAGAGAACAUUUAACACAGAGGUGCUUGUUUGGAACCAUGAUGUAGAUUAUGCCGUAUUAGAGCUCAUAUGUGGGAGCCAAACCUCUGAUCAAACAGAGAUACCACCAGGACUCCUGAAGAGAUUUGGUCCUGUACCCGAACCAGGUGAUGAUGGUGGGGCUUGUAUUAUUGGUCAUCCAGCAGGAGGAGAGAGGAAAUGGGAUGUUACAUGUAUCAUCAGGAAAGAGGACCGGGAGGAGGCUGUCACCCAGAAUUUAGAGGCCUACAAGGAUCAUCUUUUUACUGUCUGCUCAAUCAAUUAUCAGAUCAAAACAAACCCCUAUGCAGAUAUUCAUGUGACCUACAACAGCUUCAUGUAUCAUGGCUCCUCUGGCUCCCCAGUGUUUGAUCCUUUUGGACGUGUUUUUGGUUUUCAUACCGGUGGAUUUUUCUUUGACUGUCCAAGACCUGGUCACAGUGUUAUUGAGUUUGCCUUCCCUCUGCUCUAUAUAUUUAAAAUGCUUCUGGAUGACCUACAGAAAAGUGGCAGGCAGGACAUGUUGGACAAAGUUCUGGUGGAAGCACAAGGAAACGGAUACCUUGAGGAGAUCAUUGAUCGUGUUGGACUAAAGCAAAGCAAAGAUCAGGCUCACUGUGUGGAAAAUCAGGAGAGAAACGGAGAAAUAGGAGAGCAAUCAGAUUCUGAGGAGGAAAUGGACACAAGUUCUCACUAGAACUAAGAAAGUAGAGCACAUCGGCCCGGUUCUAAAGUCCUUACACUGCCUCCCUGUAGCUCAGAAAAUAGACUUUAAAAUACUUCUGUUAGUCUAUAAAUCACUGAAUGGCUUAGCA